AUGGGGCCGCCUACUACCCGYAAAUCCCCAAGGAAGGUCYCCGAGAAGAAACCUCCUCCGGCGAAYGAACCGCCGRRGCCGGCGAAUACUUCUAGAGGAGGUGGGUCUCGUGAUAAACGAAAAGCGCCCGAUUCGAAYCCCGAUUCGCAAAGCGAGGCUCGCAAUGUCCGAAGCAAGAAAACCWCACCGCCACCGUCAACGUCUACGGCGGUUCCGCCUCCUCCGCCGCGUGCUCUCUCGGGAUCUUCUUCCUCWUGUCGGAGUCGUGCGGCGGCGCCAAGUCCAGAUGAUGCAGAGCAACAGCGGUCUCAAUCUCCGUCGAAUCUGCAACUASGGUUUCCAGAUCCGGCGGCUGUGCCGCCUCCGCAGCCGUCUCUUCAGCCUCCGGCUCCGGUAUCCGGUCAYGAAGGUUCAACMCCGCAAAGGGUUGUUGGCGCAAUGAAACCUGGAAGAUUUGCCUUUCCACCCGAGGACUACCCUUGUUCGUUAAAGCUCGGUGCGAAAUGCCAUAUACACGCCGUACGGGAGCAUCAUAAAGGAAGGAUUCCAGACGGUGUGACUUACACAUUUCCUGGUUUUAUCAACGGUCUGGAGAUUUUGGCWUUCGAAUGUAUCCCAGCUCUGGAUGCUGUGUAUCGAAAACCAGCAGAUACAUCAUACGGRGAGGAGUGUCCCAGAAUGUGCAAAAAGCAGUUCCAGAAGACUGGGACRAGUGAUUUAGGUCUGGGGGCCAUCUACCGCACGGUUGGAGAUACGAAGUUGGAACAAGUUAUUGAUGAGGGACGAAGUGAAGAUAUGGUGGGAGGAUCUCUAUCGCAGGGACAUUGA